AUGUCUGGGGCAGUGAGCGCGGUUCUGCACUCGGACCGCUCCCCCAGCGCGUGGCCAGGCCCCGGAGGUCACCGCGUGCGCCCCCGCCGGCCUCGGCCUCUGCUGGCGGAGACCCCGCGCGAACCAAACACAGUCCUGGGGAGGCGGCCCCGCGCACACAUCCCCAAACCCCCGCUGGAAGCGUCACGGCUCCGGCUCGGCUCGGCUCGAGCUCGGGCUCGGCUCGGGCUUCGCCGCGGGGUGUGCGCAGAGACCCACCGGGCGCCCACGCUGCGCUGGGAGAGCUGCCGCACCCCUCGCUGA